AGCGGCCCGUGGCGUAGGAACCCCGCUUAAACCCUAUUCCUCGCCGCUUCGCCGUCCCCCCUCUCGGUCGUCGGGUUUGUGGAGGGAAACGGUAGCGGCUGGUCACUCGGUCGUCAAUCCUCGUCUCGCUGUUGCUCCUCAGCGCCUUCUUCUUAGCGAUUCUGCAGUGGCUCCUCCAUUCCUUUCCUUUUGUUGGGAUUGUGAACUGUAAUCAUCUGUGCAGCUGAUGUCCCUGGAAUUUGACCCGUAGAGAGUCGAUCUUUUGCCUUACGGCUCCUUUUUCUUUUCUGUCUUUUCUCUUGCCUUUGCCCUUUGGAGGCUUGAAGCCUUACACCAGGAAUAGCCAAAGAUUGCUAUUUUGUUGUUUUACACUCAUCUUCUAGUAGACUGGGUACAAGUCGCAAUUCAUUCUAGAAAGACUGUAUCUUUAGGGUUAUUUUCUAUUGUGCUCUUUCUUGAGAGCACAUUUUUGCUCGCCCAGAGGAUUUAGGUUGCUUUGCUUCCAAAAUGCCGCUUGGGCAGAGGCCAGGGGACAAAAGUGAGUCACGGUAUUGUGGAGUGGAGACGGAAUUCCAUGAUGAUAUGCCUCAUCUCCUCACUGAAAGCCUUUCUGGUGGUUUUGACUUCAUAGUAGCUCCUCUGAUUGAUCCUAGUUAUAGGCCUAGUUCCACGAGUAAUGGAGGAAGUGGUUCUUUGGUUUUACCUGUUGCAGCAUCUGACUUAAUUCUUAGCCCUUCACAAUGGAGCAGUCAUGUUGUUGGUAAAAUUAGCUCAUGGAUUGACUUAGAUUCGGACGAUGAAAAAGUUCGAUUAGACUCAGAAAUUACAUUGAAGCAAGAAAUUGCAUGGGCUUCACAUCUAUCCUUGCAGGCUUGCAUUUUACCCCCUCCUAGGAGAGCUUCUUGUGGUAAUUAUGCAAAAUGUGUAAAUCAAAUCUUGCAAAGUACAAAUAACAUGCAGUUGUGGCUUAGGGUACCAUUGGAGAAGUCUGAACCCAUGGAUGAUGGUUCUGCAAAUGCAAACUCUGACUUUUCAGGCGGAAGAAUGUUUGAUUCAUGGGAGUGGUGGAACUCUUUUCGGCUGCUAUGUGAGCAUCACAGUCAACUAUGUGUAGUUCUUGACAUUUUGAGUUCUCUGCCAUCGAAUAACUCCAUUGGACGGUGGUUUGGAGAACCAGUUAGAGCAGCUGUCAUUUAUACCAAUUCCUUCUUAACCAAUGCAAGAGGAUACCCUUGUCUUUCAAAACGACAUCAGAAGUUAAUAACGGAGUUCUUCAAUCAUUCUGUUCAGAUAGUAAUUUCUGGAGGCUUGCUUCACAACAUCUCUGGUGAAAGCAUCAAAGCUUUGCCUGCUAAUGAUGAUGAUAGUCAUCUUGAAGUUAUGCCUACUCGGCAUGCAUUGAGGCCUUACCUGGAUUAUAUUGCAUACUUAUACCAACGGAUGGAUCCUCUUCCUGAGCAAGAACGUUUUGAGCUUGGCUAUAGGGACUUUCUGCAGUCUCCAUUGCAGCCUCUUAUGGAUAAUCUGGAGGCUCAAACUUAUGAGACAUUUGAAAAAGAUAUAGUUAAAUAUAGUCAGUACCAAAGAGCAGUUUGCAAAGCUUUGAUUGACAGGGUCCCUGAUGAGAACGCAUCAACAAAAAUAAUGGUACUAAUGGUUGUGGGAGCUGGAAGAGGACCACUUGUAAGAGCAUCUUUGCAGGCAGCAGAAGAAACAGGUCGGAAACUAAAAGUUUAUGCUGUAGAGAAAAAUCCCAAUGCCGUCAUUACACUUCAUAGUUUGGUUAAAUUGGAAGGAUGGGAAGACAUAGUUACUAUAAUUUCAAGUGAUAUGCGUUGCUGGAAUGCCCCAGAAAAAGCUGAUAUCUUGGUGAGUGAGCUGCUGGGAUCAUUUGGUGAUAAUGAACUCUCACCUGAAUGUCUUGAUGGAGCACAGACGUUUUUAAAGGCAGAUGGGAUUUCUAUUCCGUCAUCAUAUACAAGCUUUAUUCAACCUGUGACAGCAACAAAGUUAUAUAAUGAUGUGAAGUCACAUAAGGAUCUUGCACAUUUCGAAACUGCAUACGUUGUAAAACUGCACCGUGUAGCAAGGCUUGCUCCAUCUCAGCCUGUGUUCACAUUUACACAUCCAGAAUACUCUAAGAAAAGCAAUGAAAGAUAUAAAAAGUUAUGUUUUGAGAUACCUUCGGACAGCGGAUCAGCUGUGGUGCAUGGUUUUGCUGGUUAUUUUGAUGCAACACUUUAUAAAGAUGUACAUCUUGGCAUUGAACCAUCCACUGCAACACCAAACAUGUUUAGCUGGUUCCCAAUCUUCUUUCCUCUGCGGACACCUCUCUUUGUACCUACAGGAUCUCCUUUAGAAGUCCACUUCUGGCGAUGCUCAAGUGCUUCAAAGGUCUGGUACGAGUGGUGUGUUACUUCUCCCACUACUUCACCAGUUCAUAACAGCAAUGGCCGCUCAUAUUGGGUUGGGCUAUGAAUCCUUGCCAUGCACCACCUCGAUGUCUGCAUGCGAUGAAGGAGCUUCUUGGUGAAGCAAUUAAAAAUCAUAUUAGCAAGUGCCAUGAGUUGGACAGUGAUGAGUAGGAUGAAUAUGUUAUAUGAAACAAGUUUAUUUGUCUUGUCAUUUUCCAUCUCUUCCUUGCCUUCCUCAAAAAUGAUCUUUUUUGUAGGUCUUAUUAGUUUUCAAAGUCGAGGUUUUUGCUUCCUAGUUGGAUUCCUUAAAUGGUGGCCUGUGCAUUUCCAUUCAUAUGUUUUAGUACAACCAAGGAUGGAGAUAAUACAUCUACAGUUGAUUUACUGCUUUAAGAGUAAAUAUAGGCACAGAUUGAUACAACUGUUCUAGUGGUAAUGUUUUUAAACCUGUUUUGUGCGGUGUUAGCAGCCUUCUUUAUUAUUUAUACAUGGUUGAUGCUGAUUGUAUAAGACAUUUUUGACUGCUAUGUGAUUGUUAUUUAUUUAUAAACGUUCACAACAAUCGACUUCA